AUGAAUCGUGUGCACAAACUGACUGCAGCUCUACUCGUUUUGAUAAUCUUAUCCCUGAUCCUCUCCCUACUACUGCCCUAUUGGGAGUGUGGCUACUUGUUGAGGGAGUGUAUUGAAGGUGGCCGCGUCAAUCGUGAUGUUAUGCUGGCAGUGGCUGUAUUACUUGUCAGCGGUUUGAUUCUACUCUCCGCUGAUCUCAUUGUCGAGGUGGUACGACUGUGUGUGACGCCUAUGCCCACUGGUGCAGUGACUGUGCGAUUCCUCUUCACCUAUCUCGGAUCGCUGUCAACUUUUUGUGGUGUGUUGGUGUACACCGGUCUCGUGAUGGGUCGGUGGGCGUACUUUCUGGCUAUCUUUGGCGCAACCAUCGCUUUUGUGGUGCAAAAACUCGCCAUGAUCUCCUCACGAUGCGUCACACAACCUUAA